AUGACGUGGAAAAGCAGGGGGGGAGGGGGGGAGGUGGCGUCCAGGAACACCUUAUCGAGGGAAUUGACUGUUUUCCUCUGCCUGGGCUGCUUCUUCGUGGGUCUCCUCUUCUCUAAUGGGUAUGCUUGCCUCGAUCUCCUUGACCUGUGGUUCUCUUGGCUGCUUGGGUCGUUCAAUUCUUUCAUUUUUCUUUAGUUUUUUUUUUUCCUAUUCUUCUUCGUUAGAUUUCUGCUUCCGGGUUUGUUUCGUUGAUUGGUAUGAUUUUUUCUGGUUGCUGAGAAUGAAAUAAUAUAUAUUUAUAUAUAUAUAUGUCUGCUCCUGAACUAGGGCUACUUUAGCUGUAGAUCGGCUUCGAAGAGAACUCUGGCCGCCAAGUUAUUAUCCUGUUUAUGAUGACUUUCAUGCAUCAAGUACUAGCAGACACGUCGUUUUAUUUGUCAAGAUGGCAGGCUCUUUCGACGAAAAUGAUCUGCAAGAUCACUUUCCCUGCAUGGAGACUAAAUUUAGAUUUCUCUAUUUUUCUUUUUGGUUCUUACAAUGCCCGCUGUUCUUUGCAGAAAACCAUGAACAGAUUUAUAUCCCCCGUAGUUUUGGAGACAUAGUGAGAAAAUUUUCUUAUUUCAUUUAGUUUAUUCCUUAACGGUAUAAAAUUAAAAGAGAGGCUCGGAAAUAUUUUAAAUAGUUUUUUCAUAGCAUACAUUCAAACUUGCAGAUAUUUGGAAGAAGAAGGUGAUUGGAUCUCCUUUGAUUACCAUCGUCUUCUGUUGUGCAGUUUGUUUCAAAAUAAGUUCACAAAAUUUCUGAUCUAUCUUAAAAUUCGAUGCGCUAAAAAAAAUGAUUUAUUUAUUUAACAUUUAUCAUCAUAUGUAUUAACAUAUGUGUAUGAAUUAAUAAUUGAGCCCAUCAUAACAGAAUCUGGGGGGUUCCUGAACCUGGAGAUGUUGGGAAGCCGAUAAUUGCAGAGGAUGGGAAGAUGCAUCACGCUUUAGUGGGAUGCAACCCCAAAGACGUGAGAACAUCGCCCUCAGUAAGUUAUUCAUAAUUGAAAAUUUAAUUCCAUUUCGGAAUUUAAUUCAUCUUUGAACAUACCAAUUCUAGCAUAUUAAUCUAAUUUAUUUUUCUUAUAAAUUUUCCUGCCCCUUAUCAGAAUAAUACAGAGCAAGAUCACAAGGACACGCCAAAGGAGGUCUCAAACGCGCAUUUUACCGUACAGUAAGCCAACCAUAAUCUUCUUCCUUUGAGAAUCCACAUGAUCUUAUGGGUUCUUUAAGUGAGAAAGCCACUGUCAAGCUCACUGUGCAUUACAAAUGCAGGGCACUGGAUAAAACAAUUUCAAAGCUGGAAAUGGAAUUGGCAGCUGCGAGGGCCGCACAAGACUCCAUCCUCAAUGGCUCCCCAGUGUCAGAAGACCUAAGUUUGGGCGAAUCAAGUGGGAGGCGGAAAUACUUCAUGGUAAUAGGGAUCAACACCGCCUUUAGCAGUCGCAAGAGGAGGGACUCAGUUCGAGCGACUUGGAUGCCGCAAGGUUCUACUUUGUCUGAAUCGCUGCCAUUGCAUACACUUGGAUCACGAGAUUGCUUUUUGCUCAAAGAAAUUGAUUGAAACUUUGAGCGCUGAGGAUUGGUUGAUUGAGAUUCUCGAUUGAAUGAAAACAGGUGAAAACAGGAAGAAGCUGGAGGAAGAAAAGGGCGUCAUUGUUCGAUUUGUUAUUGGCCACAGGUGAGCACAUAUGAUAGCAUUUACUGAAGUUUAGGCUUAAUGAAAAUCCUGCGGAAAUAGUCAUGUUAACAUUUCCAUUUAAUGAACUCUGUAGGUGUGAUAAAUCUUAAAAAAUAUUUGUCCCAUUAGCUUUGCGAACAAUAGAGAGAAAAAGAAGAAAAGGGCGUCAUUGUUCGAUUUGCAGGCGAUUCUUGAAAUUGAUUUGUACUCUCUUUGCUAUGGAGUUUGCCCGAUUUUCUCUAAAAGCUAUGUUAAGCUGAUGUAUCUUUUUCUCUCACUAGAACCAAAUAAUAUGGGUUCAUUUUCAUUUAAUUUUUUCCCGCACACUUGGGCUUCUCCUCCUAGAGCUGAUAAGAGCUGCCUCACACCCAAUGUCUCUCUCAAAUUAUAAGGACUCUACUUAUAUCGGUUGCCAAAUAAUGUGGCUGGAUCUAGGGUUUAUGUAACCUCAGCUGGCCAAUUCUCCUGUCAAAUCCUUAUUAAGACGCCAUGUCUCUAGGCAUUAAUAGGUUGCAAAUAAGAGAGCUCUACGUGGGUUGGUGUGUGGGGGGUGGGGACACUUGAAAGCUUCAUUAGGGUUUCUUAUCCUAUCCCAAAUCCAUUUGAGGAGCAUAAUUUUAUACUGCAAAUUAUCACAUGGGUUUGCAAUGAGCAUUAAUUAAUCUGUUCAAGCUGGUUAUCUACGUGCAAUAUAUGACCAUCCUUUCGUACUCUACUUCAUUGGUGCCGGAUCACAACAUCAGAUUAACCCAACUUUUUUUUUUUUCAAGUGCUACAGCCGGUGGCAUUCUGGACAGGGCCAUUGAAGCUGAGGACAGGAUGCAUGGAGACUUCAUGCGGCUGGUGCAUCCUUAAUGCUCUCCUUGAAUCUGUUCCAACUUCUGUCAUGGCCAUCUCCACAUAGAUGUCUCUUUGAUUAGAAAUAUUCCCAUUUCUCUGACUGUGAGAUGAAUCUUGGCAGCCCAGCUCCAAGCUGUAAUAUUUACUUUUCUCGGGUUAGAUCCCUGUGUUUGGCUCAUUCAUCUGUUGUGAAUUGGUAGGAGCAUGUUGAAGGAUACCUUGAACUAUCAGCAAAGACGAAGACAUACUUUGCAACUGCUGUGUCUAUGUGGGAUGCUGAAUUUUAUAUCAAGGUUGAUGAUGAUGUCCAUGUCAACAUUGGUAAGUGCCUACAUUAUUGACGACAUAUUUUCUCAGAUACAGUCGCUAAGCAUAGGACUGCUACUAAACACAAUUUUGAUUUCAUUAUCUGCCAUUAUCAUUCUUACAAAAAAAAAAAAAAAGUUUUUGUUAAAUUAUUGCCCAUUUUGAAGUUUAAUGAAAAUUUGCUUCAAGUUUUGUUAUAAAACUUGGGGCUAUCUCCUUCCUUUCGAGGCAUUGAUGUAAACUUUGGAGAUAUUCAUCCGAAAACAAUCAAAAACAUUCUAAAUCUAGUUCUCUUGCCAAGUUUAAUUGAUGGUCUUCCGAUUCAGCUCAGUGUUUCCGCGCUGUAUCUGGCAUCACUUCUUUAUGGGGGUAUCUUCUUGCAUGAGUGAACUUCAUGCUAUCAUCCUAUGUGAACUUGAUACAGCAUUGACUUAUGUCACGGGGAGUAGUCAACGUUGAUGCUUUCAUGUUCUUGCAGGGACACUGCGAGCUACACUGUCAAGACAUCUUUUGAAGCCUCGUGUGUACAUCGGCUGUAUGAAGUCUGGUCCUGUGCUGGCCCAAAAGUAAGUUUUUCCAAAAAUGGCAGCAGUUUCACAGGGUAUGAUGCUUCCCAUAAACGACAUAUGAUCUGACUUGAUCCGUCAUUGGGCAGGGGUGUGAGGUAUCAUGAGCCUGAGCACUGGAAAUUCGGUGAGUCAGGGAACAAGUAUUUCCGACAUGCUACAGGUCAACUCUAUGCCAUCUCCAAGGACCUGGCUACUUAUAUCUCUGUCAACCAGUAAGUCAACUCCAUGAAUGAUGAUCGGGCACCCACCCGCAUUUCUUUUUCUCAGGGGUUUUUUUUUUGUUCCCUUGAAAUCCCUGCCUGACGAUCUCUUACUAAAUUAGUUGACUUGUGUUCUUAAUCCAUCCAGUGUUGUACCUUGAAGACUCAUGCAAAUAACAUCAAUCCCUCUCAUCCAACUCUCUCUGUCUACCACUUCCUUCCAUCCCCCAUUCAUGUUGAGGCUGAGAAAAGCCUCGUGGCUCUCUACCACUUCUUCCAUUUAAUAUUUUUCUCUAGCAUAUGAUUUUUAAAUAGGGUGAUUGCUGAUCUAUACAUGGUGGUUAUCUGUAGGCAUAUUCUUCACAGAUAUGCAAAUGAGGAUGUGUCCCUAGGAUCCUGGUUCAUUGGCUUAGAUGUCAACCAUAUUGAUGAGCGAAAACUAUGCUGUGGUACACCGCCAGGUAUGGUUUCAUCCUACUUUAUUUAUUUUAUUUGAUGUAUUUUUAUUCGGUGAAUUAAACCAGUUCAUGCAAGAUUUAUCGUCGAAAUGGGUCUUUGUGGUAGUUUUUUUUCUUUCAAAAUCAACUUUUUCCCCUUUCAGGUAGGAGCAUCUUUGAUUAAAUAUCAUAAACUGCUUUCUCUAGUACAUAAAAUUUAUUUUCCUAAGAAAUUAUGUACAGAUUUGAUGAUGAAAACCCUUUGACUAACUAUCAUUUAUAGAAUGUGGGAUGGAGCCUGCUCAGCAAGUUUGUAGGCUCAUUGCAUUUGUGAUUUCUAGGGUGAAGACUCUUUGGCAAGGGUCACGAGAUGCAUCUCAUUGAUCAAGCAUUGGUUUGAUGAAACCCAUCAAUGAUUUCUGGGAUCGAACUUAUGGGAUGAAGCUUUGGAUGCAGUUCAUUUUAUCAUUAAUAAACUAUAUUUAGGGUUCUUAUGAAUGAAGCCCAUCUGAAUAAUUUUUGUAGGAUGAGUCUAUGAGAUGGGGCUAAGUUUGGGAUUGCAUGGGUCUAGGAUGAAACCCAUUUGUAACCUAUGAUGUAGAGCUCAUUUUUAGAGAGAGAGAGAGAGAGAGAGAGAGAGAGAGAGAGAGAGAGAGAGAGAUGUGAUUGAUCAUUGGGCAGUGGCAUGGCAAGACGAACAAAAGGUCACAUGGGUUUUCAUGCUAUCUAUCUACUCUUUGCUAAAUAUGGAAAUAAUGGUAUGAUGCAGAUUGCGAGUGGAAGGCCCAGGCGGGCAAUGUCUGUGCUGCCUCCUUCGACUGGAGCUGCAGCGGCAUCUGCAAGUCUGCAGAGCGGAUCGGGGAGGUUCACCAGCGCUGCGGUGAGGAUGAGAAUGUGCUGUGGAGUGCAGAUUUCUGA